GCUCCGCCGCCUAGCCGCGCCCGAGCCAGCCCCGCGGCAGGAAAGCAUGAAGGGAGCCACCAGGCAUCUCAAUGGAGAGGAGGACGCCGGCGGGAGGGAAGACUCCAUCCUCGAUGGGUCCUGCAGUGACCAGUCCUCCGACUCGCCCCCAAUCCUGGAGGCCAUCCGCACCCCCGAGAUCAGAGGCCGAAGAUGAAGCCUGAGACUCUCCAAGAGGGAGGUGUCCAGUCUGCUAAGCUAUACGCAGGACUUGACGGGCAAUGGCGACGGGGAAGAUGGGGAUGGCUCUGACACCCCAGUGAUGCCGAAGCUCUCCCGGGAAACCAGGACUCGGUCAGAAAGCCCAGCUGUCCGAACCCGAAAUAACAACAGUGCCUCCAGCAGGGAGAGGCACCGGCCUUCCCCACGUUCCACCCGAGGCCGGCAGGGCCGCAGCCAUGUGGAGGAGUCCCCCGUGGAGUUCCCGGCUACCAGGUCCCUGAGACGGUGGGCGACAGCAUCGGCAGGCACGCCAUGGUCGUCCCCUCCCAGCCCUUACCUCACCAUCGACCUCACAGACGAUACAGAGGACACAGAUGUGAUGCCCCAGAGCAGCAGUACCCCCUACACCCGCCCAGCCCAGGACAGCCAGCAGGAGGGCAUGGAGUCCCCGCAGGUGGAGGCAGACAGUAGAGAUGGAGACAGUUCAGAGUAUCAGGAUGGGAAGGAGUUUGGAAUAGGGGACCUCGUGUGGGGGAAGAUCAAGGGCUUCUCCUGGUGGCCCGCCAUGGUGGUAUCUUGGAAGGCCACCUCCAAGCGACAGGCCACGUCGGGCAUGCGGUGGGUCCAGUGGUUUGGCGAUGGCAAGUUCUCCGAGGUCUCUGCAGACAAACUGGUGGCACUGGGGCUGUUCAGCCAGCACUUUAAUUUGGCCACCUUCAAUAAGCCCGUCUCCUAUCGAAAAGCCAUGUACCAUGCUCUGGAGAAAGCUAGGGUGCGAGCUGGCAAGACCUUCCCCAGCAGCCCUGGAGACUCAUUGGAGGACCAGCUGAAGCCCAUGCUGGAGUGGGCCCACGGGGGCUUCAAGCCCACUGGGAUCGAGGGCCUCAAACCCAACAACACGCAACCAGUGAACAAGACUCGAAGACGCACAGCUGACGACUCAGCCGCCUCUGACUACUGUCCCCCACCCAAGCGCCUCAAGACAAAUUGCUAUAACAACGGCAAAGACCGAGGGGAUGAAGAUCAGACCCGAGAACAAAUGGCUUCAGAUGUUGCCAACAACAAGAGCAGCCUGGAAGAUGGCUGUUUGUCUUGUGGCAGGAAAAAUCCCGUGUCCUUUCACCCUCUCUUUGAGGGAGGCCUCUGUCAGACAUGCCGGGAUCGGUUCCUCGAGCUGUUUGACAUGUAUGAUGAUGACGGCUAUCAGUCUUACUGCACUGUGUGCUGUGAGGGCCGAGAGCUGCUGCUCUGCAGCAACACAAGCUGCUGCCGGUGCUUCUGUGUGGAGUGCUUGGAGGUGCUGGUGGGCACAGGCACAGCGGCCGAGGCCAAGCUGCAGGAGCCCUGGAGCUGCUGCAUGUGCCUCCCGCAGCGCUGUCACGGCAUCCUGCGGCGCCGGAAGGACUGGAACGUGCGCCUACAGGCCUUCUUCGCCAGUGACACGGGGCUUGAAUAUGAAGCCCCCAAGCUGUACCCUGCCAUUCCCGCAGCCCGAAGGCGGCCCAUUCAAGUCCUGUCUCUGUUUGAUGGAAUCGCAACAGGCUACCUAGUCCUCAAAGAGUUGGGCAUAAAGGUGGGAAAGUACGUCGCCUCCGAAGCGUGUGAGGAGUCCAUCGCUGUCGGAACCGUGAAGCACGAGGGGAAUAUCAAAUACGUGAACGAUGUGAGGAACAUCACAAAGAAAAAUAUUGAAGAAUGGGGCCCAUUUGACUUGGUGAUUGGUGGAAGCCCAUGCAAUGAUCUCUCAAAUGUGAAUCCAGCCAGGAAAGGCCUAUAUGAGGGCACAGGCCGGCUCUUCUUUGAAUUUUACCACCUGCUGAAUUACUCACGCCCCAAGGAGUGUGAUGACCGGCCGUUCUUCUGGAUGUUUGAGAAUGUUGUAGCCAUGACGGUUGGCGACAAGAGGGACAUCUCGCGGUUCCUGGAGUGUAAUCCAGUGAUGAUUGAUGCCAUCAAAGUUUCUGCUGCUCACAGGGCCCGAUAUUUUUGGGGCAACCUUCCUGGGAUGAACAGGCCCGUGAUGCUGCAGGACUGCUUGCAAUACAAUGGGAUAGCCAAGUUAAAGAAAGGACAGACAAUAACCACCAAGUCGAACUCAAUCAAACAGGGGAAAAACCAACUUUUCCCUGUUGUCAUGAAUGGCAAAGAAGAUGUUCUGUGGUGCUGCGCUGAGCUCGAAAGGAUCUUUGGCUUUCCUGUGCACUACACAGACGUUUCCAACAUGGGCCGUGGCGCCCGCCAGAAGCUGCUGGGAAGGUCCUGGAGUGUGCCUGUCAUCCGACACCUCUUCGCCCCUCUGAAGGACUACUUUGCAUGCGAAUAGUUCCAGCCAGGCCCCAAAGCCACGGGGUGUGUGGCAGAGCCAGGACCGAGGAGGUGUGAUUCCUGAAGGCAUCCCCAGGCCCUGCUCUUCCUGAGCUCUGUGGGCCAUACCAUGUACCUCAGUUCCCUCCUCCUCAGUGGGGGCAGAGCCACCUGACUCUCUUACAGGGGGAGCCCAAGGUGCCGCCUCCUGGUGCACAAUUCAGACCUGGCUGCCUGGAGCAGCCAAACACGGUGCUCAUUUUUUCCUUCUCUUAAUACUUUAAAACUUGAA